AUGCUACUUCAUAGCGUUUUGGCUAAUAGCAAUAGUACAAGUAGUAAUAAUAACAAGGAUGUGAGUUUUAUGUUGGAAAAUCCCCAGGUGAUGAUGAAACUAUUGCAGCGACGAAAACGUUGGCUCGUGUACGAGUUGGGCUCCAUGCUUUUUAGCCUUAUUAGGCCUAUAGUGGGACUCACACCACGCGGCUGUACAUGGACCACUGAAUUAACGCUUAUUUACUCGUUGCCUGCUGGCACAACGGAUUGGAUUCCACGUCGUAGGCGGAAGAGACCCACUGCCCCACCGAUACCGCCACCACCUAAACCCCCAAGUCCACCACCAAUGGCACCUCCUGCUCCACCAACAGCAGCCCCACCAGUCUCAGCACCACUCCCCCCUCCGCCUGUAGGAGUGGCACCUAUUAUAGUGCCCUAUAAUCCUUCGAGUCCCACGCAGCCCUUCAUUUUGGCAUAUCCCCAAGAGAGUCCAGUAGCCUCUGGACGUCGCAAUUCGAAUACGAAUCGUGCACAGUUUAGCUGCCAAGGAUCCGAUUUAUAUAAGGACCAAUAUGGGACUUACUUCUGUCGUCCUUCAACCGUAAAUAGACAACAUCGGCGGCUGGUACGUCAACUGGAGGAUGAAGGAAUACACGUGGCUAAUGACUCCAAUAAUCCGCAAGGCAUGCUAUUUGAUAUAAUAGCAUGGAUUUCCACAGUGUACAAUUAUAAUCAACGAUAUUGUAUAAUGCGAAUGUUAUGCGAGUCACGGCAUUUAAUCUUACCGCCAGGGAAAGAUCUGUUUCACGAUGUGUUUCGCAUUCUGUUGCGUCAAGCGUAUCCAGAAAUUGCGCAUAAGACGCAUUAUCGAGAGGCUUUUACGGCAGGUCAUUCGCUACAUAAAUGUUCCUCAUUGUAUGGACCACAUUGUAAGCACAGUUUCCUAUUGGAGCUUGUACAACAUUUUCAACCUAAUCGUAAAGGUUAA